AGUUCACAUGCAUCGCCAGAUAUCGUGGCAGCUGAUAAGCCGCGCAGUCGUGUAAUCAGACCAAUCGUUGCGCGCUAGGGAGAAGGCGCAAAUUUUGACUAAACGUUGGCAACAAACACCACUACUCCAUUUCAAAAUGCCAGUAAUAAACUAAUAAUCAAAUAACACCUGCCAAGUGAUCGAACCGGAUGCCGGCCGGCGGCUACAGAGAUAGCGACGGAUUUCAUAAGCUAGUCUUGCGUUCUUGGCACCACGCACCAAUAAGUGAAGUGCGACUGUGCGAGUGAUAGUUCGCAGAAACCUCUGGGGAAUUAGCUACCUAGCUAUUGGUAGGCGAUGAUGGCGCAAAAAGAGAUCGGCAUAGCAGCGACGAGCGGCGGCAAGGCCAAGCCGCACGCGGUGGUGGUGGUGUACCCGCUGCAGGGCCACGUGAUCCCCGUGACGCACCUCGCGUUGCGGCUGGCGGUGCGGGGCUUCGCCGUCACAGUCGUCAACACGGAGGCCGUGCACCACCAGACGGCGCGCGCGCUCGGCGUCGACCCAGCCGGACACGACUUCUUCGACGGCGCGCGCGCGUCGGUGCCGGAGAUGGACGUGCGCUACGAGCUUGUCAGCGACGGCCUCCCCGUAGGGUUCGACCGGUCAUUGCACCACGACGAGUUCAUGGGCUCGUUGCUCCACGCGCUCUCCGGCCACGUCGAGGAGCUGCUUGGCCGCGUCGUCGUCGACCCGGCCGCCACCUGCCUCGUCGCCGACACCUUCUUCGUGUGGCCGGCGACGCUCGCCAGGAAGUUCGGCAUCGCGUACGUGUCCUUCUGGACCGAGCCUGCGCUCAUCUUCAACCUCUACUACCACGUUCACCUGCUCACCAACAACGGCCACUUCGGUUGCAACGAGCCACGGAAGGACACGAUCAUGUACAUCCCAGGCGUGCCGGCAAUCGAGCCGCACGAGCUCAUGUCCUACCUCCAGGAGACGGACACCACCAGCGUGGUGCACCGCAUCAUCUUCAAGGCCUUCGACGAGGCGCGGCGCGCCGACUACGUCCUCUGCAACACCGUGGAGGAGCUGGAGCCGUCCACCAUCGCCGCCCUCCGCGCCGAGAAGCCCUUCUACGCCGUCGGCCCCAUCUUCCCCGCCGGCUUCGCCCGCAGCGCCGUCGCCACCUCCAUGUGGGCCGAGUCCGACUGCUCCCAGUGGCUGGACGCGCAGCCGCCGGGCUCCGUCCUCUACAUCUCCUUCGGCAGCUACGCGCACGUCACCAGGCAGGAGCUGCACGAGAUCGCCGGCGGGGUCCUUGCCAGCGGCGCAAGGUUCCUGUGGGUGAUGCGGCCGGACAUUGUCAGCUCCGACGACCCUGACCCGCUGCCCGAGGGGUUCGCCGAGGCGUCCGCCGGCCGCGGCCUCGUGGUGCCGUGGUGCUGCCAGGUAGAGGUGCUCUCCCACGCCGCGCUGGGUGGCUUCCUGACGCACUGCGGGUGGAACUCCGUGCUGGAGAGCGUGUGGUCGGGAGUGCCAAUGCUCUGCUUCCCGCUGCUCACCGACCAGUUCACUAAUCGCCGGCUCGUCGUGCGGGAGUGGCGCGUCGGCGUGCCCAUCGGGGACCGUGGAGCGGUGUUCGCCGACGAGGUGAGGGCCAGGAUCGAGGGCGUCAUGUCCGGGAAAGAGGGGGAGGAGCUCCGGGAAGCGGUGGAGAAGGUGAGGACGACGCUCAAGGCGGCCGCGGCACAAGGUGGGUCGUCGCAGCGGAGCUUUGAUGAGUUCGUCGACGAGCUAACACGCCGUUGCGGCGGAUGUUAAGCUGAGCAGUCGACCGGCCGUGUUGGAGAAGUGGUCGCGAAUGCAGUUUAUAUUCCGGUGUGUGUAUAAGAGUCUUUAUUCUCUGUUCCGUGUGUAAUAUGUGCACUACGUUGACUCAGUGUUCUGCGGUGGUGCGAUCGAUAUACUCCAUUCGUUCCUAAAUAAUUGUUGUUAUAUCCGUUCCUAAA